AUGGUACACACACCACAAGAUUGGCCUUUCCCGUCCAUUAUCUUCAAAAGCAGCGUGGCCACAGAGCCCCGAUCCUGCAAUCCUGCGCUUCGCAGGCGCGCAAAGCCCACGCAGAUCCGACUUUGCCUGCAGGAGGACGGCAUUGAUCCGCUUUCCUUGGGAAAGCCAUGCCGGGAGACAACAGGCCCUCUGCCGAACGAGGGAGGGCCGCAGCCCUGCCGCCCCAGCCCCGCCGCUCUCCCGGCGCCGCCGCCCCCCGCCACCUCCAGGGGGCGCCCGGCGGCCGCUCCUCCGCCGCCUGAGGGGCCGGGGGGCGGCGGGGGCUGCGCCGAGAAGGACGGGCAGGACCCAUCCCUUACCUUUAAUAAAAAAAAUACCUCCCUCCCUGUUAAAAAAAGCUCUUUCUUUUCCUUAAGGCCUGAGGAGAAAGCUCCGCAUCAGCUUCCUUGCCCCAAGCACCCUCGUUGCCCCGAAUGUCCCUCUUGCGCCCAACAUCCCUUCGUUGCCAGCGAUUUCAAGUGCACUUAUGGAAGAAGGCUGAGGAAAAGACACAUGCCUAGCACAGAUUUCAGACUUCUGGACAUCAGCAAUGGAAAUAAUUUUCAUCAGCUAUGUGGCUAG